CUAAGCAUCACAUAGGGAUUUACAUAUUCCACCAUUUCACACAGGCGUUCAAUUUCACCAGGAUCAAACUCAGUUGCUUGUUUCCGGCUGGGCGUUCAGCUGCUUCACUUGCAGACAUUUUCCACCAUUUGUCCCCGCUUGAGUCUGGUAUAGUCCAGAAAUCCGGAUUUAGUACUCGCUCCGAAGGACAAGCCUCAAUGGCCAAGCAAGUGAGCAACCUGGUGUUUAAGUAAAACCAAAGGUCGCUGGAAAUUCCUUCACCCAUCCAAAAGGCGAUGGCUUAAAAAUGUGUGUCCCAAGCAUUCGUCGGCUUCUAAGCAUGAGCACGAAGAGCUCUUCGAUCCAAGCUCUGUAUGAUCUCUGCAAGAAGACCUUCACUCCCUCUACAACUCUCCAACCAUCUGCUGAAUCCAUCCUCAAGCUUUCAUCCUCGCUGGAUGCAAUUGGUGUUGAUGAUGUUGGGCUGAAAGAUGCAAGUCAAGAGGAAGAGAGAGGCCAUGGGAUUUUUGGAAUUAAUAUUUCUAACCGGGUAGAUCGAUGGGCUCAACCAAUAACAUACAUAGAUAUUCAUGCGGGAGAAAGUUUUACUAUGUGUAUAUUUUGUUUCCCAACCUCUGCGGUAAUUCCUCUGCAUGACCACCCCAGAAUGACGGUCUUGAGCAAAGUUCUCUAUGGGUCCUUGCAUGUAAAAGCUUAUGAUUGGGUUGAGCCAGCUUGCAUCUACAAAACUGACCAAACAGGUCAACAUCCAGUGAGAUUAGCUAAGUUGGCUGUUGAUAGAGUUGUGACAGCACCUUGCAAACCAUCAAUUUUAUACCCUGAAAGUGGAGGGAAUCUGCACUGUUUCACUGCUGUCACACCUUGUGCCGUGCUUGAUAUUCUUGCCCCUCCUUACAACGAAGCUUCCGGACGAUGUUGUACCUAUUACCGUGAUUACCCUUACUCUAGCUUUGAAGAAGAGGAUGCUGUUGUGAAUGGAAAAGAAGACGAAUAUGCUUGGCUUACUCCAAUUGACACCCCAGAUUAUCUGUAUAUGCGCUCAGGAAGCUAUAAUGGCCCGGCCAUUCGAACUUGAUAGCGCAAGAUGGGCCACGAAUGACGAAUCAAGGAUAUUUGUACCAAAACUUUUUGCGUACAGAGCAAGGAAUACUGGCAUAAUAUUCCAAAAACUUCUUUUUUUUUUUUUUCAUUUUGAUCGCAAAAAUAGUGCUCAUAUUGUGUAGUUUCAUAUUCUUGAAUUGCGCCAGCAAGAUAACCAACUUCAACAAAAAUGUGUUACCUGUGGUUUCUUAACAUGAAAAAACUAUAUUCAAACUUCGACAUUUUCUUCUACUGUC